CUUGAAUGUGUCGUGCAAAAGUGUAUACUUUACCGUGAGCAACAGAUCGCAGCAAUCGACAACUCAGUUUCGGAUAGCGUUCCACAAUGCCGAAAAAGAUGGGAAUCAACUCGAAGGCCGUUGAGGCCCGGGAACGGAAAGCUGAAGCGAAAAAAGCGGCCACCGAUAAGGCAGCCAAAGCAGCCGAGGAUGCCCUCUGGGUAGAUGACGACAAGCAGUUGGCGAAGAAAAAGAAGCAAAAGGAAGAAGAGGAACGACGCAAAGCGGAAGCGGCCCGCAAAAAGGCCGAAACCAAAGCACUACUCGAGCAGGAAAUGAACUCCAUCAAGACAACGGCCAAGGUACCGGCUGCCAAGGUAACACGAUCUCAAAUCGAGUCUGAAAUAGAAAAGCGCAAUCGUGCCGUCGAGGCAGCAGCAUCAGCAGCCGCCCCGAAACCGAAAACCAUCCCGAAGGAAAUACCGAUUGAGGAGAAUCUGAACCGUGUGAUGGCAGACACGGAAGUAGCACAAACGAUUGAUCAAGCCAUCGCGGUGCUGAGUGUGGGUGAUGCAUCUGGCGCCGAUCGGCAUCCCGAAAAGCGUAUGAAGGCAGCCUACAAAGCUUACGAAGAGGAAGAGCUGAAACGUCUCAAGCAGGAAUAUCCGUCGCUGAAGUUGUCGCAGCUGAAGCAGAUGAUUUUCAAGAACUGGCAGAAGGCGCCCGAAAACCCGAUGAACCAAAUUUGAGUCUGAGUCUGCUGGUGCCGGAUGAAGCGUUUAAAAUGCUG